AUGUCAGAAACUUCAAGCAAAAAACCUCAUAAAAGAUUUAUUGGGAAAGCUGCCGCAACAAAAAAAAGACAAGAAAAUGAUCAAAUAGAUAACAUUGAAGAAAGUGCAAACUUUGCUUUAACUGAUUCCUCUAAAUCAAAACAAUUGAAUCGAGCUGUAAAACAAAUUCCUUCAGAAAUUUUGGAUGAUUCAUUAUUAAACAAAGCCAUUAAGCAGGUUUAUAUUUGUUUAAAAAUACCUCACAUUCCAUACGAUCAUCAAAUCAUUGAUCAUUCAAAUAAUGAUAUUGAUGGGAGUGAAUUACAAUAUGAUAAUAGCAUUAUAAGUGGCUGUAGUAGUAUGGGCGAUGAAUCUUCUUAUUAUGAUGAUUCAUUUACAGUUAAUGAAGACAAUGUUAAUGGUAAUAAUAUAAUUUAUCCAAAACUAAAAAAAUUAGUGAAUAAGUUUUUAAAAGUUAUAAGAAAAAAAG